AGAAACCACUGCAGCCAUGAAGGGAGGCCUCGUCCUGCUGAUCGCCUGUGUGUUCCUCGUGGCGUACUGCGCGCUGCUCGCUGCUGCAGACGAUGGCGACGAAGUUGUGGAAGAAGUAGGAGAAAAGAGAGACGCUGAUGACGACGACACCGACAGCAUAGCAGACGAGGACGACGACGACAGCGGAAUUGAUGAGGGUCUAACUAUAGAGAGCAGGCGGGCACUGAAAGGUGCUCACGCCCGGGCUGGCCGCGCCAAACAUGCGCGGGCAGGCAGCCGACACGCUGCGGGCAGAGCUGCAAACAGACCCCAUGCCAAGUCAGGCGCCGCCCACAGAGCGUAGUCGCCGCUGCUGAGGGAGCCCAC